AUGGCUAAUACAGCAGAAACAUUGGAGGCUGAGAUAAGGAUCAAGUUUGAUCCUGAUGAGUACUUCCACACCUUUGCUGGCAAAGCACACCAGCUUCCAAGUCUUUGCUCUGAUAAAAUGCAUGGCAUUGAUGUUCAUGAAGGUGAUUGGAAGACUACAGGCUCUGUCAAGCUAUUGACUUAUGCUAUAGGUGAAUGGAAAGUUGAAACUGUAAAAGAGAGGAUUGGAGUGGAUGAGGAGAACCGGACAAUCACUUACGAAGUUCUUGAAGGGCACAUUUUGGAACAAUACAAGACCUAUAAGGCUAAGUUCCAGGUUAUCUCAAAAGGUGACUCAAACUUUGCCAAAUGGGGUAUUGAAUAUGAGAACUUCAGUGAGAAUGAGCGUCCUCCAUUUCAUUACCUCCAAUGGCUAGUUCAUGCUGCAAAAGAUGUGGAUGCUUCACUUCUCAAAGCGCACGAAAAUAAAUAA